UUGCGCACCAGGAAGCUCCUGCCGGAGGUGCGGCCUGGUUGAGUCACGUGGUUUCAGGUGCGGCUAGUUUAUUGACGCUCGGUGCUUCCGGUCUGCUGUCAUAGUUGUCACUUGGAUUUGCACGGAGUCACGAUGAGUUUCAAUCUUAAUGAUGCGAUGGGCGGUGGUGAGGAGCAAAUAACAAAACAAGAGGCUAACAAGGACGAGUUUAGCUGGCCUUGGAGUAAGAAGGAUGAUAAGGGUGACAGCAAGGCCAAAUCCGGUGACAAGAAGAAGUCAUCGGAUGGAAAGAGCAAAAGUAAAGAUGAAAAGAGUGGUGGCCAUAAGGAUGGAAAGAAAACGGGAUCAAAGGAUGGAAAGAAAAAGGAACAUAAGGAAGGGCACGGGUCCAACACAUCCUCCUCCUCUUCCUCAAGCAGCAGUAGUAGUAGCAGCAGCAGCGACGAGGGCUGAUGCUUCCUAAGGGGCAGAUUUGGCUUGCUGGCAGUGUGUGUAUGUGUAAAUGCAUUUCAACUUUAUUCCAUUGCCAGCAACGUGCUGGUCUGCUGUAAACCAAUCUUGGAGCUCAGGGUAGUCAGUCAAUGGUCUGACAAGUCAUUAUAUCUGAAAGGACCGUGUUUUUACCACAAGGUGGCAUUGUUUCCUUUUCUUGGUGGUGGGGUGUCAAUCAAAAGUCUGAAAUUGUGGUAUUUUGUAGCCAAUCAGAUACUUGCAUGUAUGAAAUUAAAUAAUUAUCUAAAAUAAAACAAUAUACGUAUUUGUCCA